AUGUCUUCGCCGGGUCCAGGAAAAAAGCGAAUGGAUACUGAUGUCGUUAAAUUAAUCGAAAGUAAGUAUGAAGUCACUGUCCUCGGUGGGCUCAAUGAACUGAUGGUGAAGUUUAAUGGUCCUCCUGAAACACCCUAUGAAGGUGGAAUAUGGAAAGUCCGGGUUGAGCUUCCGGAACGAUAUCCUUUCAAGUCACCCUCUAUAGGGUUCAUGAAUAAAAUAUUUCAUCCAAAUAUUGAUGAAGCGUCUGGGACUGUUUGCUUGGAUGUAAUUAACCAGCAGUGGUCGGCUGUUUACGAUCUUACUAAUAUUUUUGAAUCUUUUCUGCCUCAACUCUUGGCCUAUCCGAACCCUACGGAUCCUCUAAAUAGUGAUGCUGCUUCACUUUUUAUGUACAAGCCAAUGGAUUAUGUUUCAAAAGUGAAAGAGUAUGUUCAGCGCUUUGCAACUGAGGAGGCUCUGAAAGCCGAGGAAGGUGGAGCAGAAUCAAGUUCAGACGAUGAGAGUUCAAUGUCAGAUUAUUCCGAAGACGAGGCUCGAGAUAUGGAGCUCUAG